CCUUAUAUAGCUCUUAGACCCACUGCCUGACGAUUUAAAGGGCACCCUCUAUACAAGGCUGUAUACACUGGGGAGCACUGACAGCCAGCCAUAUAAGGGGUUACUGCUUGUAUACGCUGGAGAAGGGACACUGCAGUGGGAGGGUUCUCGGUGAGAUCACCUGUGACAGGCAAAGGGAGGAACACAGGAAGGUGCAGGACAAAGUGUAAGGAUCGUUUACAGCCCUCACAAAACAUAAGAUCAAAAACACAAAAAUCCUUUCCUUUAAAUGUCCAUCCUGUCUACAAGCACGGCUCCUUACCCCAGAUUAGGAUGAAUUAUGUGGGACAACUAGCGGGGUCCGUGCUAGGCCGCGUUCGAGACCUGUAUAAAGGCGUGAAUCCGGCCACACUUUCUGGAUCCAUCGAUGUGGUGGUGAUCAGACAGCCAGAUGGCUCUUUCCGGUCUUCUCCUUUUCACGUUCGCUUUGGAAAACUGGGCAUAUUACGAUCUGCAGAAAUGGGGGUAGAUAUCGAGGUGAAUGGAGAGCCAGUGGACCUGCAGAUGAGACUUGGGGAAAAUGGAGAAGCUUUUUUCGUGCAAGAGCUGGAGGAGACUGAGAAUCUUUCUCCACUCCCAGCCAGCAGUGACUAUUCUUUGUCUCCUACUGAACCCCAUCCUAGUCUGUCAGAGUCUCCUAUUGACACUACUACAAGAAGACAGCGCUGGAGCAGGAAAGGAGACAAAAGGCGAGAGGAGCUGACUUUGGAGGUAGCUGCAGAAGAACAGAUGCCUGUCCUUUCUGCUCGAGAAUCCAUGUAUUUCUCAUUCUGCGAUGUAGCAGAGAAAAAUUCUCAGUCCCAGCCCAAUGUUUUCUACCCCUGCUACGACGAGGAACUUGUAACACAUCAGUCGAGUCGCUCUCCUUCACCGAAAAGUGACUCUGAACUGGAAAUGAGGCUUCCAAAUACACCUCUAACUGAGCAGUGCAUGGAAUGGGACUGGGGAAGGCUUCCCCAGGUGAGCCGGGCAGAAUUAAUACCCCAAAUUUCACAAUCGGCACCUCCAAGCCCCACCAACUGGGAAACUCUUAAGUCACAAUCUUCAUUCUUCCAAGAGCCAGCAGACCAACCUUCAACAACAAGUUACGAUGCACUGGAGGACCCACCCCAAAUCCUAGACCAGGAUGCUUGUGCCAACCCUCCCAUUAAUUCACCAACUCCAAAGCCUGAGGACCUUCUAUCUCCGGAAUCCCAGGAAGUGUCUCUCUAUUUCCCAAAUAGUGAUCCGUACCCACUGCCAGCCCCACCUCCGCACCAGAGAAUCUCUGAACAAGACUCAGAUGAGAAUGAGGAGGCAUUGGUCAGGCAGCAGGAGAACUACAUAGAACUGUCACUGUGCGGCGGGCUAACAGACACCUGGGACAUUCCCAUGGAAAGAUUCCUGAAACACCAGAUAUCGUAUUCAGAAUUCUGUCAAAAUCCUUUGCUUAUAGAAGACACAAGAUUGGUGUUGCGGAUACACGACAAGUUUUAUAACUGGGCGACUGCUGCCCCUAUCAUCCUGUGUAAGCAGGUUUUUAAUGAAGACCUACCCAAGGACAUAGUUAAUCAGCUUGUCUACCAAAAGAUGCCCCCCAGAUCAGGAAGAUGGUGGUUCUCAUGGCGGCGAAAGGAUCUCCCUCAACAUAUGCAAACACCCCAAACUGAUGAAUCUGAGGAGCAGAAAGAAGAUCUCAACCAACAUAGGUUGACAGAGACGAUUGUUACCAGUGAGCUUUCCAAAACACCAGGACAGCCUCCACAGAACAGGAGAUCCCUACGUCUUACUUCAGAGCAGAUAGAACGUUUAAACCUUCAAGAUGGGGCUAAUGAAGUUGUGUUUAGUAUUUGCACUAAAUUUCAGGGGACAUGUCGCACCCGAUCCCAGAUCUACCUUUGGGAUAGCCAGGAUCGCAUCAUCGUGAGUGACAUUGAUGGCACAGUUACCAAGUCAGAUGCUCUUGGUCACAUUUUACCACAACUUGGAAAAGACUGGACGCAGCAGGGAAUAGUUCAACUCUAUCAUGCCAUUGAAAGGAAUGGAUACAGAUUUGUGUAUUGCUCUGCACGCUCAGUGGGUCUGGCCGAGCUCACCAAGAACUUUCUUCAGAGGAUAAAUGAAGGAGGUCUUACCCUUCCCCUUGGACCUUUACUGUUAUCUCCCAGCAGCCUCUUUACUGCUCUGCAUAGGGAGGUCAUAGAGAAGACACCAGAGCGUUUUAAGAUUUCAUGUCUCUCUGACAUCAGACAGCUCUUUCCGGACCCUCAACCUUUUUAUGCAGCCUUUGGGAACAGGCCCAAUGACGUUGUGGCUUAUAAGGAGGUGGGAGUACCCGAAGUACGUAUCUUCACUGUCAACCCAAAGGGAGAACUGACUCAGGAUGUGAACCUAUGCUUUAAGUCCUCGUAUUCUGGGCUGUGUGAGCUGGUGAAUGUCAUGUUUCCUUCUCUGUCCUGCUCGACCUCUGAUGUACACUUACCGGAAUUCAAUCACUUUUCAUACUGGAAGGACACUGUGGCCACCAUCGAUGAAGAUGAACUGGCAAUGCUUCUGUCUGCUCAGCUAUAAUCAUUAAAGAAAUAUUCGAAUGGGGGAAAAAAUAUUUUUAACAGUUUAUUACAUAUACCCCCAAGAAAACAUGCGUGUAAAUAGUUUUGUAUGUUUCUUUUGCGGGUAUAUACAAAUAUAGCUGCAGAUCUAGAAUCUGCAGCUACUGUAGGCCCUCCCCUUAUCCCCUAACACAAACUUUUCUCAUCAUUGCUGGAGAAUACCCAAUCAGAGGUUUCUAAUUGAGAAGCCUUGUGGAACAGCCGAGCAUGUGUGCAGCUGUCCAAUCACAGACUCCUCAACAAGUUGUAUUCAACGCAUUGAGAAGUCUUUCAAAAGCAGGGUAAACGCACUGGGUAAAUGCCAGAGAUUUGAGUUUAGCUCCACGGAGCUCAACUUGCCAACCUGACUGCCUGGCUGAUAACCGGGAGAUGCAAAAGGAUUCAUUAGGAGUUUAAUAUACAGAAACAAAAAUACAGUUCCUAGUAUACAGACAUUAGGACCACACACCCCUCGCCUUCUCUUAAUACACAGGCAUCAGGACACCCACCUCCUCCUAAUAAACAGAUAUUAAGAAAAUGCAUAGAUUCACAGAUGACCAAUAUUAGGUUAAUUUCACUCCAGCAAAAUAUUUUAAUUUCUAUUGAACUUAGAAAACAGCAAUACACGUUAUAUUUCUCAGGACCAUUAACAACCAAAAUAAAAAAUUUUUUAAAAAAAUCACAAUCUUGUUUCCGGUUGCUGUUAUCUUUUACAGUUCAUAUUUAAAAAUAAUGUUAAACAUCUUUAAAAAAAAAAAAAUAGCAUAACAAAACAGAGACACACAGGAUUACCGUCAUCAGGCCUGCAUUUAUUUUUUGUUAUGUGUCUAUAAAUUGUCAAAGAUUUGGCGGUGGUAAUGUUGAAAUUGGCAGGAGAACCAGUGCGGGGGUGUCAAUCUGCAUCCUAGACAUCUCUCCUCCUGCCAGAGGUUUUACAGUUUUUUCCGCAUACCACAAAACUUUGCAACAUGUCAAGUGGUAUCCUGAAAACACUGUGUGCUUAUGGCUCUCCAAAUUAAAACUCCUGUAUCAGAAAAAUAAUUACAUGGCCCAUCUGUCCACGAAUGACCAUGUUGCCAUUUAUUUAAGACAGUCGUGCGAAAUAUGAUCAAUAGAACAAAGAAUAUAUAGAAUGGGCAAUAUGGGGGCAAAGUUUUAAGUGGAGUAAUCGGUAAAAACAUCCCGUUGAUUUGCGGAGGGAUUGUUCAGCUUUUCGCAAAAUUGCUUCUUAUACUUAGCCCCCAUAGUGUUUAGACCAAGUAACACAAUUCAGUCUUCAAGCAUGGCUGAUAAGAUUUGAAAUCCCUGCUGUAUAAUUUAAAUACAAUUU